AUGUUGGGCCUGUUCAGGAGCACAUCGCUGGGUACGGGCCCUUCGCGGCCUCGCAGGAAUCCGUGCACGCUAUCUCCUCUCUGGCAGCGGCGUUGCAGCUCGGAAGCUGAGGCGCUACGCUACGACCUGCUCGUUGUAGGCGCCGGUCCAGCAGGCCUGUCGGCAGCAAUCCGGGCGAAGCAGUGCCUCCCAGAGGCACGCGUGGCUAUUCUCGAAAAAGGCUCCGAAGUCGGCGCGCAUAUCCUUUCUGGCAACUGCUUCGAGCCGCGAGCACUCGAUGAGCUGCUGCCAAACUGGCGACAAGACCCAAAAUUUCCAGCUCAUGAGCCAGUCACUCACGACCAGUUUGCACUGUUCCUGAGCCACCGACGUCAGCUACCGCUCCCUGUGCCCCAUUUGAUGCGAAACGAUGCGAAUUACAUCGUCAGCCUCUGCCAGGUCACUCGGUGGCUUGCCAAACAGGCGGAGGCACUCGCAGUGGACAUUUAUCCCGGAUUCGCUGGUGCCCGGUUGCUGGUCGACGAGAAUCCAACCCGAGUUUACGGAGUCGCAACCAAUGCUUUCGGAAUAGGUCGCGAUGGUCGCCCAAAACCCAAUUAUGCACCGCCGGUGUCGAUCCACGCAACGUAUACGCUGCUCGCGGAGGGUUGUCGAGGAUCCCUGACACGUCAGGCGAUCGAGCGCUUCCGCUUGGCCGAUGCAUCGGAACCGCAGUCUUAUGGCCUCGGUGUGAAAGAGCUCUGGCGGGUCCCUGCUUCCGUUCAUCAGCCGGGCUCUGUUCUCCACACUGUGGGUUGGCCUCUGGACAUGCGCACAUACGGCGGCUCCUUCAUGUAUCAUUUCCGUGAUCGUAUCUCAGGUAGCAUGGAAAACCUGGUCGCCGUGGGCCUUGUGGUCGGCCUCGAUUACGAGAACCCGCUUCUAUCACCGUACGGGUUGUUGCAGAAGUGGAAAACGCACGAUCAGAUACGCAGGGUGCUUGCGCAGGGCGAGCUUCUCGAAUACGGUGCACGAUGCCUGAACGAGGGAGGUUACCAGAGCAUCCCGCAAGUUGCAUUCCCUGGUGGGGCGCUGAUCGGGUGCAGCGCAGGCUUUUUGAAUGUACCAAAACUGAAAGGAACGCAUACCGCCAUGAAGAGCGGCAUGCUUGCUGCCGAGUGCUGUUGCGAGGAGCUCAGAAAACCGGAACCUAGUCCAGAGCCCUCACAGUACGCUGAGACGUUACGCCGCAGCUGGAUCAUCGAAGAGCUGUACGCGGUACGCAACAUACGCCCAGGGUUUCGCUGGGGCCUCCUACCUGGCCUGCUCCACGCUGCAGUGGACACCUAUCUGUGGCGAGGUCGUGCGCCCUACACCUGGAAACUCGGCAGGGCUGAUCACACCGCAACCAGACUGGCUGAUCGGUACCGUCGACCGAGCUACCCAGCACCAGACCAGCGGCUGGUGUUUGAUAUUCUCACAAAUCUGGCUCGCAGUGGUACGAAUCAUGAACAUGAUCAGCCUUGCCAUUUGAAGUUGAAAGAUCCUACCAUCCCAGAGCGGGUGAAUUUGCCCCUCUACGGUGGACCAGAACAAUUCUACUGCCCAGCCAAGGUCUACGAGUACACCCCAGCGCCACCGGACCCAGCUUCAAAGACGACGACGACGACGACGACAAUCCGGUUGCAAAUCAAUGCGCAGAACUGCCUCCAUUGCAAGGCCUGCGACAUCAAGGACCCGACCCAGAAUAUCGUGUGGACGCCCCCCGAGGGCGGUGGUGGCCCCAGGUACUCGCGCAUGUGA